CAAUGCACUAGGUUAAUCUCCCUUUUUGGCUGCUGUCAGGGGAUUGGAUGGCAAUGUGAUUGGCUGGCAGCUUUGCCCGUCUUGGUCUUCCUAUAUAAAGAGUUAUUUCCACUUGCUCAGAGGAUCUUUUUGUUAUAAGCUCUCAUCCCUGAGAUGCUUCAGGAUCAGAACAGAAGAGGCAGGUUUUGUGUCCAGAAGGCCUUGGGAGUAAUCUCCUCUUGCUCUUAGGGCAUAUGAGAGAGGAGAAAGCCAUACCAUUCCACCAUCUUCAGAGGAGGAGCAAGAGGACAUGGACUACCCCUCUGCACAUAUUCUCCCUAAGGAGGAAGAUGUUGCCUGCUCACUAUAUCUACUAGAUGCAAUCUCUGUGCAAAUCAUGCAUCCUGGAGCUGCUUCAGUCUCCGGCUCCCGAGUUGAAAGCCACCACAUCAGUACUGGAGAUCCAAUUCUGUACCAUAUGUCUGCUAGUACAAGUAAUGAUGCAUUCCUUGGAUACCAACACGGCCAAGUUCGGCUCCUAAGUGCACAUGAUUCGGCAGCUGGACAUCAUUUUCCCGAAGUAGAGAAGGAAAGAGGAAGAGAGGCAUUCCUCUUGACCAACCCAAAGGAUAAAAUAUCUGUAGCACCACCCAUGCAUCUCAGAACUGCCUUGCAUUCUGCAUUCAGUGGUGAGAGCCAUUACAGCAGUGUUGAAAGUCCCCUAUUGAGCUAUCUGGUGGCUGGUCCAAGUAAUGCUACUGUCCUUGGACACCAGAGUAGCCAAGUAUUGCUCCCUGGUGAACAUGCUUCUGCAGCCGUGCAAGCUGAGCUCGACUUAGGACACACCAUGAAGAAGGCAAUUGAGCACGGCCUGAAAAUGUCACUCUGCCCAUGGGUCCACUUAACCAUUGAUGGCUGGGCCACUGGACCAAACUUGGGCUAUGUGUUUUUCAUAGCACACUGGCUUGUGUACGAUGAUGGAAUUCUGGGCAGGUACCAGGCGGUGUUGGCCAUGUGUGAGGUUGAGCUGAGCAACAUGACUGAAACGUUAUUCUACAAACUAAAAGAGUUGAAGCAUGAGUGGUUCUAUCCCCUGCGGCUGGAAGUGGGGUAUGUGGUUACAACCAGUGAGGCAGUGGUCAGGGCAACUGGGCGUUCUUGUAUGGGACAUGUUGUUUUCCUUGUCCGCUGGUUGAGGCUGCUUAAGAAAAGAGCAGUGCUAAAGGGGGCAAGAAAAUAUUCUUUCAUGGCAAAGCUUUUCCAAAACCUACGCAAAAUCUUCACACACUUUGAGAGAUCACCAGAGGCUCACAGCCACCUGAGAGAACUACAGUGGAAGUAUCAUCUCCCCCAGGAAUUGCUGAAGGAAGAGAUGCCCAAGGUAUCGAGUGACAUCAUUCCUGUGAUGCAGUUUCUUCUUGCCCGACAAAAGGCAUUCAGUGCUUACCUGAAGGAGAGCCUUGACCUUCAACUUUACCCAAAUGACUGGAUGCUGAUGCACCGUCUAGUCUACCUCCUGCAGCCAUUUGAAGAGACCAUCACUACAAUUAGGAAGGAAAAUGCAACUCUGGGCCAAGUCCUUCAUGAGCUCCUGUUGCUUGAGAGCAGGAUAAAAAGAUGCUUCCAGGUGCUUCAGCUCGAGACAGGAGAUGCAGCUGCUGCUGUUGCUGUUCACGUUGCCCAUGAGCUGCUGUGGUCUCCAGAAAGCAUCAGGGACCUAGGAAUAGUAAGAGAAAAUAUUCUGUACCAUUGUGCGGCCUUCCUGCAUCCAUCCUUCAGGGACCACGUCUUCAGAUAUCAAAGGGGAGAUGUGGAGCUGGGAGGGGAGAAAUUGAAGGAGAGGUUGAUGGAGCAGACUACAAAGCAAUACCUAAGGAACCUGCCUAGUGAUCAUGCAACCUCCCCUCUUUAUGAUGAAAGAAGAGACCAGUUGCUGUAUGCCAAUGCAACAGAGGUGGCAAGUCAAGAACUGGAAUCCUACCUGAAGGACAAGAUAGACCCUACUCAGUUGGACUUGGAUCCCCUGGUCUACUGGAACACAAAGCGGCACACCUGGCCCUCACUCUCUGUAGUGGCACUCCAGUAUUUCUCAUGUCCUCUCACCUCUGUGCAUCUGGAGAAGGUCCUUAGUACUGAAGGUUGGAUCCGGUCAGGCAGAUAUCGGGAGACGCUUGCACUCAUCAACCUGAAUAGAGACUGGAUGGCGGUAGAUUUCAGGGUCUCCCAUACUCCUGCAGAGACACGAAGCAGAUCCAUGAACUGAGCAGAAAGAAAUAAUGCCCCAUUUUGCAGAAGCUGCUGACUAGGAACCAUUCCCAGGGACUGAGGGCUGGGUGCAUGGAGGGACAUGGAAGGAUACUGUACAAGUUUGGUCUUAUUGGGACUUUGCAGGAUAUGGUGCUAAGAUCUGUCUUAGAAUGCUGCAUCUCUUAAAAACUUAUUUGCAUGAAACACAAUGGGGGAUUUGUAUUAGCAUUUACACUGCAUCAUCUUUUGCAGAUGUUUUAAGGCUUAACUGUUUGGAUGUGUUCAAUCACCUGCUUCUAAUGGAUCUAUUCAAUAUAAAUAAAGCUGACUGAAGUAUUGA